AUGUCCACCGAAGCGAAGCACCUCCACGACUGGAGCGCAACGCAGUAUCUCAAGUUCAAGGAUGAGCGCACCCAGCCAGCACGCGAUCUUCUAUCGCGAGUUCCCCUUCAGGCCCCCAAACGCGUGGUAGACCUGGGCUGUGGCCCGGGGAAUUCAACCGCCGUCCUAGAGUCGCGCUAUCCCAACGCUGAGCUGAAGGGGAUCGACUCGUCCCCAGACAUGAUCCAGAAGGCAAGAUCGACCCUUCCACACCUCGAGUUUACUGUGGAAGAUUUGAAUACCUACUCGCCAUCAUCACCCGUUGAUCUGUUCUACUCCAACGCCGUCUUCCAGUGGCUCGGAAAGGAACGGCGGAUUGAAGUCAUCAAGCGAUUGAUGGGAACGCAGCCGUCUGGCGGCGCGUUUGCCCUCCAAGUCCCCGAUAAUCUCGACGAGCCGUCCCAUGCUCUGAUGCGUGAGACUGCACAGUCCGGCCCCUGGGCGACAACUCUGGAGACUGUUGGGCGUGAGACCUUCCAGUCGCCACAGGACAUCUACGAUCAGCUCAAGCCUCUUUGUUCAGAGGUCAAUAUCUUUCAUACGAGCUACUAUCACUCCCUUGAAAAUCACGAAGCCAUCAUCGAAUGGGUCAAGGGGACAGGGUUGCGGCCUUAUUUGGAUCCCUUGCAGCCGCAGGAGAAGACUGGGUUCCUGGGUGACUAUCUGAAGCGCUUGAAAGAAGCCUAUCCUUCGUCGGUUGACGGAAGAGUCUUGCUGCGCUAUCCGCGACUCUUUGUGGUUGCCAUUAAGAAUUGA